AUGAAAACAUCACACGUUUCAACGACUUCCACUUCGUCGUCUUCCACAUCCUCGUUAUCGAAAUUUAGCUCAUUUUUAAACAAAACAUCAAAAAUUUUCCACUUUUCAAAGAGACAACAUACAAAACUCGACAGUGGGAAAAUCAAACCAGAUUCUCAAUCAAAUAUCAUAAAUGCAAACGAUAGAGUCUUCAAGUUCAACUUGUAUCCAUUCAAUGUAGCAAAAAAUAAUGAUCAUCUUUAUAUGGAGGAGAAUUAUUAUAGUAUGGUUAGCGCACGUAGUGUAUCGAGUUGCAAACGGCUGCGAAAAAUUGAAUAUGUUGUGGUUGCAGAACAAUCAAGAAAAGGGUCCUUGUUAUAUGCGGCACUGAAAACGACCAUUGAAUCUUCAAGCUCAGCAACACUACAAACAAGUGUUAUUUUGGAUCAGGAUAUAGAGAAGGGGAAUAAUGAUAACGUGGAGGACGAACUAAGAUCACUAGGGUCAAUAUCAUAA